UAGUUGUCGAGCUCAGUCGAGCUUCUAUAUAUAUGCUCUACGAUUAAUUUUUUGUACUCUUGGGUUAGACCAUGAGGUUAUGUCACAUUAGAUCGGACGAUUUUUAAAUAAACAUCAUGGCUCAAAGCAGAUUAGAAAGAAUUGGAACAAUUUUCACGAGAACGACUUCGUUAUUACGUGGUGGAGCAAUGGCAAAAGAAGACUGUCCACUUUGGUACGUUAUUUACGAGGCAUUUCCACCAAAAGUUGAACCUCGCUUCGACAGACCUGUUGCAAAUAUUCCAGUCAGAGAAAUACUAUACAAAGAAGAUCUUAUUCGGGCUAAAUUCCAAAAAGACUACAAAAAGUUUCUUAACACCAGUCUAGUGAAUACAAAAAACAAAUCACGAACCCAGAAAUUCAUAUCGAUUUAUGAGGAAUUGGAAAAGAGUGGGAUACCGGAAGAAGAAUUGUAUACGAGAGCAACAGAAGCUUACGAAGCUCAGAUUGGUGCAUCGAGAAGUGAACGUGCUGAGCAAAACACAAACCAAGACUUUGUCAAGUCUCUCGAUACAGAAUCGGCCAAAGAAGAAACCAAAAUCAAUAUGAAAGAUGUUUUUAAAGCUUAAGCUAUUGCUAUGUGGAAAUAAAAAUAUAGAAAAAUGCAUGAGAAACAAUGCACUAAA